AUGGGCUGCUUCCUCGUCUCUAUCGCCGCCUGCGUCAUCAUCCUGCUCCUGGUUCCUGUCCAUAGCAACAGCCCCGAGGUUCAAGUGUGGUCAGAGGACGUGUGCACCACGCGUGCCUGCGACCGGCACGCACACUUCCUCCAGGAGACCAUGCAGCCGUCGGCGGAUAUCUGCCACGAAUUUGGAACCGCCAUGUGCGGCCGCUGGACACACGACCACACCGUCGCAACGGAUGUGGAUGCCAUGGUGAGGCAGAGCGCGCUGCAACAAGGGGCCAAAUUCCUGCGCUCUAGCAACGGAAAGUUCCGUGCAACCCAGGAAGCCGGCCGUAUGCUGAAGUCUUGCCUGGAGCAGCAGUUCGAACAAAGGACUCGCCCCGCUGCCCUUCGCUAUUUCCGCGAAUUUCUCCGCGAACGCGGUCUGCCCUGGCCCAACGAACCGUCUGGGAACCGGCACCCUCUGGACGUUCUACUCGACUUGAGCAUCAACUGGCGCAUCGACCUGUGGUUCGGGCUGCGCCUUCGUAGAGAUGGACAGAGGCGACUGCAGGUUAAGGAGGCCCCAGUCACGUUAGCGACGAUGGUGAGGGCCGAGCACGCAGACGAGCUUCAAGCCGUGGCCGUGGCGAUGUUUUACGCAGAAGCGAUCGGCGCCGGCCUCCAGUACACGAAGCCGAGAGCGGAAGCACUGUCCCGUAGGGAGACGCACGUUAUACGAACAUUGGAGAACAUGUCGUCGCUCCACCCGAGGCUUAAGCGGAUGCGGGUUUCGCAAGUGGCGGAGCUGGUAGAAUGGGCGCCGGCGGUCGAGUCUUUUCAGUGGCUCGCUUUUCUCCGAAAGCACUUGAGCGGGACUAUGAAAGUGCACGCAUAUACGGACGUCCUAAUAGACAGCGUUGACCACUUCACCGCGAUUGGAAGCAUAUUCAAGAAGUUUGGAGCAAACGAACUGAUCGAUGUCAUCGGAUGGUGGAUGGUGCGGCUCUUCGCCGAUCUUGGUGGAGUUGCAGUGAACCACGACGAACGCGCACAGGCCUUUUCACCUGUUCUUUGUCAGCGACGAGUGGAGGCUUGCUACGGUCUAGUCCUGGCUGUUGAGCUGGUGCAGCGCUACUGGACGGCAGAACUCGCAAAGGUCGUGGAUGACAUCUUCAACGCCGUCCGGCACCGGGCUGCCAUUUUGGUUCAGCGUUUGUCGUGGAUGGACGCAAUCAGCAAGAACCACAUCAUUCGCAAGCUGGACGCACUCAAGGUGAUACUCGCAACCGUUCGAUGGAAAACACGUUUUGGUUAA